CCCCCUGGAAGGAGCGUUCUUUCCAAAUCCCCUCGGAGAAGAGCGGAGCAAUGGGCACGUUAGCGGGCGGUGGGUGCAGCCACGCACGCUGCGAGCCGGAGCUGCCGUUCGGACGAGCUGCUGACGGCCGCUCCGAUUAGCUGAUUGGAGAAAGUGGAAUGCGGAGCGAUAAUGCUGCCUAUCUGCGAUCAGACAGCCGAAAGGGUUUUUGUCUGGGGGAAGGCAAGCCUUCCCUGCAGUCUCCUCGCCGCAGCUCUCUAGCUGCUCACCCUGAAAACUAGUGACCCGGAAGGAGGCUGCUCCCCUCUGCAAACGCCCGUGCGGGCCCGGCUGCUGCAUGUGAGCGGCAGGUGCGCGCUCGGACCGGCCCGGGGCUGCAACGCGGCGCCGCUGCUUCCGGGGGGCUCCAGAGCAUCUGCCUCCCGGCCGAGGCCGAGGCUGGGAAGGAGGUCCCUGUGAAUCCACCCCGCUUUGGAUUCAAAAAGACCCUUGGAUUGGACUUAAUCUUAAACUUCUGGAGUUCAAGACCUUUUAAAAAGGGCUAAAUAAACAAUCUCUACAUGUAAAAGGCCACUGACUCCUACUUCCUCUGUUUAGAGCAACUGUUGAACCCCGGCUGCCUGUAGGAAAACUGAAGACUUUAAUAGCAAACCCUCCAAGGUCAAAAUGAAUACAGAUAGCGGUGGGUGUGCUCGCAAACGUGCUGCCAUGUCUGUUACAUUAACAUCUGUGAAGAGAGUUCAAAGUUCUCCAAACCUAUUGGCUGCAGGGCGUGAUUCUCAGUCACCAGACUCAGCAAAAGGUUUUAGAAGCGUUCGACCAAAUUUACAAGAAAAAAAAUCACCAACUCAGGCACCCUUUCCACCACCCAGAAAAGAGAGCUUUUGUGGCUCCUUGAUAACCAAUCACACAAAGGGUGACAUUUUAAACCAACUAGUAACUAACACACAAACUCCCUUCUGUACAAAGUACUUUACUAACAGAAAACCUCUUGAGGGAACUAUGUAUUCUAAUGAUGAGUCCAACCAGACAAUUGUAUAUUCUGAAGAAUCUAACACAAUGGUAUCAUAUACACAAAAAAUCACUCAUCCACUACCAGCAGCUGCCAGCACUGGUCCCCUACAAAAUGCUGAUAUCAGCACCCCAUUUCUACAAGAGGACUACAUGCAAGAUUCUCAGACUCGAAGGAUUUCUACAUUGAAACUAAUCCAUAACCAGGAUGUAGGAAGUAAUGUCCACUUUAAUACUCCACAGUUUUCCCAAUCUGUGGAAGUACCAUCAUUCCCCAAAAGGCCUUGCUCACCGCCCCCUAACCCAGUGCCUGAGAUACACACAGCAUCUCUUUCCAUUCAGAUAACUCCCGUUUCAGGACACGAUCCUAAAAGCCACAAACAGCUACCUGAGCUUUCUCCAGAGACUACAAAGAAACCUCUUCAGCAAGAGAGACAAAAAUCUGCAGUUGCUGCGGCCUCUCAGUCCUCAGACUGCCGGGUGCCUGGAAACCAGAACUUAACUGCCAAUGUGCUGGAGAGCCAGAUAACAGUGAAUGGAAGCUCUGGAGGCGCUGUGAGUCCAAUGAGUUACUAUCAAAGGCCAUUUUCCCCUUCAGCUUACUCUCUCCCAGGCUCGCUCAAUUCCAGCAUUAUCAUGCAGCAUGGCCGGUCACUUGAUUCCACCGAGGCAUAUCCCCAGCACGCACAGUCUCUGGACGGCACCAUGGGCAGCUCCAUUCCACUGUACAGAUCCUCAGAGGAGGAGAAGCGAGUGACCGUCAUCAAAGCCCCGCACUACCCAGGGAUCGGGCCCGUGGAUGAAUCUGGAAUCCCCACAGCAAUUAGAACGACAGUUGACAGACCAAAGGACUGGUACAAGACAAUGUUUAAGCAGAUUCACAUGGUGCACAAGCCAGGCCUGUACAACUCACCCUACAGUGCUCAGUCACAUCCUGCUGCAAAGACCCAGACCUACAGACCUCUCUCCAAAAGCCACUCUGACAAUGGCACCGAUGUCUUUAAGGACGCCUCCUCCCCCGUCCCUCCCCCACAUGUUCCUCCUCCAGUCCCACCACUUCGACCAAGAGACCGAUCUUCUACAGAAAAGCAUGACUGGGAUCCUCCAGAUAGAAAAGUGGACACAAGAAAGUUUCGUUCUGAGCCAAGGAGUAUUUUUGAGUAUGAACCUGGGAAGUCAUCGAUUCUGCAGCAUGAAAGACCGCCCUCUCUCCCAACAACUCCAACACCUGUUUCAAGGGAACCUGGCCGGAAGCCUCUUUCUGUUUCACCAUACGGAGAAGUAACUGGUAGCCCCUCCCCUCCGCCCAGGACUGGCCUCCCCCUACCGAGCCCGUGCACCCCAGCUCUUUCUCCCAUCUGGACUGAUCGCAUAAAUCCAGAUGACAUAGAUUUAGAAAAUGAGCCCUGGUAUAAAUUCUUUUCAGAACUGGAGUUUGGACGCCCGCCUCCUAAAAAGGCUCUGGACUAUGUUCAAGAUCAUUCUUCUGGUGUUUCCAAUGAGGCCUCCUUGUAUCAAUCCUCUUUAGACAGAAGCCUGGAAAGACCCACUAGUUCUGCGAGCAUGGCCAGUGACUUUAGGAAAAGGAGGAAGAGCGAGCCUGCAGUGGGGCCGCCCCGGGGCGUGGAUCCCAGUGCGAGCAGGACUAGCCCAGGUGGAGCGGACCUCCCAGGACCAAGCACCACCCUGACAAAGUCUUAUAUCAUCAGUUCCUCUCCUUCUUCCCCCUCAAGAGCAAAAGGUGGGGAUGAUAUAUGUCCAUCCCUUUAUGGUUACUCAGGGCUCAACGGCAACCCUUCCAAUGAGUUAGAUUACUGUAACACUUACAGACAGCAUUUGGAUGUCCCUCGUGACUCCCAGAGGGCCAUUACUUUCAAGAAUGGCUGGCAAAUGGCCCGACAAAAUGCAGAGAUCUGGAGCAGCACUGAAGAAACUGUCUCCCCCAAAAUCAAAUCCCGUAGUUGCGAUGAUCUCCUAAAUGAUGACUGUGAUAGCUUCCCUGACCCAAAAACCAAGUCAGAAAGUAUGGGUUCUCUGUUAUGUGAAGAGGAUUCCAAAGAGAGCUGCCCCAUAACAUGGGCUUCGUCCUACAUCCAGGAGGGUCGCAGUAAUGGCAGAUCAAGGCUCCGGCACAGGUCAGCCCAUGACGCUCCAGGGUUCCUAAAAAUGUACAAGAAAAUGCACCGCAUUAACCGGAAGGAUUUGAUGAAUUCAGAGGUAAUUUGCUCUGUAAAGUCAAGAAUAAUGCAGUAUGAAAAGGAGCAGCAACACAAGGGCCUGCUCCAUGGAUGGAGCCAGUCUUCCACUGAGGAGGUGCCCAGGGACAUGGUCCCGACCCGCAUUUCAGAAUUUGAAAAGUUGAUUCAAAAGUCAAAGUCCAUGCCCAAUUUAGGAGAUGAGAUGUUGUCUCCCAUAACCCUAGAACCUCCACAAAACGGUUUGUGUCCCAAAAGGCGAUUCUCCAUUGAGUCUUUGCUGGAGGAAGAAAGUCAAAGUAGACACCCUUCUCAUGUACAACGAAGCUACAAGCCUAAAACCGUCGUGCCAAUUCAUAUUGAAGUCACCAGUGAUGAGCAACCGAGAACUCAUAUGGAGUUUUCUGAUAGUGACCAAGACGGAGUUGUGUCCGACCACAGUGAUUACAUUCACGUGGAAGGAUCAUCCUUUUGCAGUGAGAGUGAUUUUGAUCACUUUUCUUUCACAUCCUCUGAAAGUUUUUAUGGAUCCAGCCACCAUCACCACCACCAUCACCACCACCAUCACCGGCACCUCAUCAGCUCCUGCAAAGGCAGAUGCCCUGCCUCCUACACUCGAUUUACCACAAUGCUAAAACAUGAAAGAGCCAAACAUGAAAACUCUGAAGAGCCCAGGAGACAGGAAAUGGACCCUGGCCUUUCUAAACUUGCAUUUCUAGUCAGUCCCGUGCCUUUCCGCAGGAAAAAAAAUUCGACCCCCAAAAAACAGACUGAGAAGGCAAAAUGUAAAGCAUCUGUGUUUGAGGCCCUAGACUCUGCCCUUAAAGACAUCUGUGACCAAAUUAAAGCUGAAAAGAGAAGGGGAAGUUUACCAGACAACAGUAUACUGCACCGUCUUAUCAGUGAACUGCUGCCAGAUAUUCCAGAGAGGAACUCAUCACUCAAAGCUCUAAAAAGGAGCCCCAUGCACCAGCCUUUCCACCCACUGCCUCCAGAUGGUGCUAUUCAUUGUCCAUUGUACCAGAACGACUGUGGGAGAAUGCCUCACAGUGCCUCUUUCCCAGAUGUGGACACCGCCUCCAACUACCACCUCCAAGACCAUGAGAGUGUGCAGAGUCUCCAAGACCACGAGUCCCCUAGAAGUUACGCAUCCACCAUGAGUGACCUGGGGAGAAGUGUACCUCGGGACAGAAGAGGAACUCCAGAAAAAGAGAAAUUGCCUGCAAAAGCUGUUUAUGAUUUUAAAGCUCAGACAUCUAAGGAGCUGUCAUUCAAGAAAGGAGAUACUGUCUACAUCCUCAGGAAAAUAGAUCAAAAUUGGUAUGAGGGAGAGCACCACGGGAGAGUGGGCAUUUUUCCGAUUUCAUAUGUAGAGAAACUCAUACCUCCUGAAAAAGCACAGCCUGCGAGACCACCUCCCCCAGCCCAGCCUGGAGAAAUCGGAGAAGCUAUGGCCAAAUAUAAUUUCAGUGCUGACACAAAUGUGGAGCUAUCACUGAGAAAGGGAGAUAGAGUUAUUCUUCUUAAAAGAGUUGAUCAAAACUGGUAUGAAGGUAAAAUUCCAGGAACGAGCAGACAAGGCAUCUUCCCUGUUUCCUACGUAGAAGUCAUCAAGAAGAAUACAACCAAAGGUGCUGAGAAUUACCCUGACCCACCAAUACCCCACAGCUAUUCUAGUGAUAGAAUCCACAGCUUAAGUUCAAAUAAGCCACAGCGUCCUGUGUUCACUCAUGAAAACAUUCAAGGUGGGGGGGAACCGUUUCAGGCUCUGUAUAACUAUACUCCUAGGAAUGAAGAUGAGCUGGAGCUCAGAGAAAGUGAUGUCAUUGAUGUGAUGGAGAAGUGUGACGAUGGAUGGUUUGUGGGAACGUCAAGAAGAACCAAAUUCUUUGGUACUUUUCCCGGUAACUAUGUCAAGAGGCUGUGAAUCACUCUCCCUCCUUUUUCUGCCGCCUUUCAGCACCACAUCUGCAUAACCCUGCCUGAAAGCUCCCCUGGGGCCUCCCUCCCAGGCCCGUCCUGCCUUCCAGUUUCCAGCCGAAGUCCCCCACCGUCACCAUCUCUACCUGCCGCCGAGCCAACAGCAAAAGGACCACCAGCUGCUGAGUCCUGGGAGGCUGGCAGACUUGCUUCUGCGUGAAAGGGCAUCAUCCCAAUUUCUGCUCUAAACUUUGGAAAGUCAAUGUGCGAGAUGAGAAAGAAAAAUCAUUAUCAUUAGAAAGGGUUAAGUAUUUGAGGCAAAUAAAAAAAAAGGGAAUGUCUCAAGGAUCUUUCUAGUCCACUUUGAAAGACGUCCUCCCCUCAGGCAACCAGAGAUUGUUUAUCACUACAUGCUGUGAUUUGCAUUUUCACUUUCUUAGCUUGGCAGUAUAUUUUCCUUUCACGAGUUUGCCUAGUGUCCUGGUUUACACGACAUGAAAACUGUACUUCAGCUAUAUCGUUUGCCUGCACUUAUAUAUUGUAAUACGCACAGUGAUUACAAAAUCUAAAGCAAGAGUAGGAAAGGUAAUUCGGAUGAGUGUGAUUUUGUUGAUUGAAUGUGAGUUCUCAAAUAGGAGUCUUUUCCUGCCGUUUUUUUUUUCCUCUGUACUUUUUAGAAGUGCAAACCGUAAGUGAAUAAGAGCCUUUGAUAAUAAUCAUGAGAAUUUAAGAAGUUUAGCUAGGCUACAAAAAACAAAACAAAACAACAAAAAAAAACCUAUUGUGUUGUAAAGUUGCAUUACUAUUUUAUAUUAAAAUGUAAUAAUCAGCAUCAUGAACAAUGAGCCCUUAGUGUUUUAUUUAUCUGGUAAAAUUUUAAUGAAAGCAGUGUUAGUGACAGGUGCAAAGAAUUAUUCUAACGUAGACACUUGAAAGUAUCUGUAAGCAAUAUUCAUAGGUAAUCUUUCACUGUGUGCACACAUAUACAUGUGAGAUUGUAUGAGAACAGACAAUCCAUAUGGUGUGUUGUACGUUUUAUGGAGAUGGAAAGGAAUCCCACACAUUAUUUUCUAGAAAUAGAGUACUUCAGAGGCAUCACAAGCAUUAGGGCUGGUUUUAGCAAGGAUUAUGAUCAAUACAAUUAUUUUUACUAUGAUAGUUAUUUUUCUUCUAUGGAACUCAGAAUCCUGGCUACGUUUGAGGACAGGAAUAUGUUGAGCCUGAUUUUCCUGGUGUGUGUGAAAUAUUUCCUCGGAAUACAUGAGGCACUCUUUAGAAGUAAUGUUAAAUCAUUCAGGUUAUAUUUUCCGCCCUGAAGUAGGAAUUUACAAAAUGGCUUUGGGACCUGAAAGAUUUAAUGUCGCUACCAGUGCCUGAAUUACACAUACCUUGAGAACUAGCUUUGUAUUUCUUAUGACUUUGCAUAAGAACUAUUCAUAUUUGGAUCUUGAGCACCUUAUAGAUAAAACUUUUUAUGGCAUUUCUUCUGUGGACAGUGAUUGAUCUUUUCACAAUGUAUGUAGACUCUAGAAUUUUGUACAUAUGUUUGCUUUUUUUUUUUGUACAGACUAUUUAGUUGUCGAGAAAAUGGGAAUUUCCUAAUUUGGUCUCUAUCUUUCACUUUAAACUAAGCUAACACACUUUCCAACAGAUUAUCCGUUACCUAUCUCACAGAUCACAAGCACGCCUUGAUUGUGUGAUUCUGUAAGAGCAUUUAUGCAAAAAUUUAUGAAUUUAAAAGAUCUUAGCAGCCAAACUGAAAUGUACUGAUUACAGAGGAGUUUCAUUAGUAAGAAGGUAAAGAAACAUCUUUGAGUAGCCUACCUUGAUAACUGUCAAGUUCACAACCAGCUUUAUAUUUUAAAGGCUUUGGAUUUGAAAUUAAGUCAACUGCAUGCAGCUUUGCUGAUAAAUGAAUAAUUAUCUUUGAUGCCACUUAUGAGAAAAGAUUUCAAUAUCUGUUGCCUGUCAUAUUUAAGAAAAAUUACUGUUUCUACUCUCUGUAUCUGAUUUUAAAAGGAAAAAUAUUCAUACCUGGCUUUCAGGUCAUCGACUUUGAAUUCUUACAAGCGAAGGUCAUUGUGUUUUUCUUGAAUAGACAUCUAAUAAAUUUUGCUUGGAAGUAUAU